ACUUUUAAAGCGAAAAAAUAUCAUAUUUCCCUCCUUCAAAAUCUCUUUUCCCUCAACACCUUCAAUCUUCAAGGUCAAUAAAUAGUUAAAUACGAUACUAUCACCGGACAACGGCAUCGUGAUUUAUAUCUUCCGUCGUCUACCACUCUUUUGAGUUAACCAUCCAACGCAGUCAAAUCGCCGACUUUUGCGGUUAACCCUCUGCAACCUUCAGGAUGCGAACCACUCACCCUGAGAAAGCUCCACAAUUAUGUCCAGAGAUGGAGAGCCAUGAUACAAAGUAUGUCUCUGGGUUUAGCACUCUACUAGUCGCUAUGAUUCAAGAUGCGAAAGAUAGUAUUUCCCAAAUCGAAUACAUCUUUUGUAGUCAACUUUACCCCAAUUUUCAACAGCAUUCAAAAUCCCUCCAAAAAUUAUAUUUGGAAGCUAGGACUGCUGCUGAAAAUGAGUGCAAAGAGAGACAAACUGAGAUUGAGCUUCAAAUGAAACAGCAAUCUCUUGAAAAAGAACAAGCCCUUGAUGAAUGCAAAGCUGAGAAGUCGAAAUUAUUAGCAAGAGUAGCUGAGCUGGAGGAUAAGCUGUCACGGAAGGAAAAAGAAUUUGAUGAAGGAAUGGAAUUGCAUGCUAAACUACUUGACAUUAUUGAGGCAAAAAACACCAGCCUUAGAGAAAAAGAACAGUUGGUAAAAAAUCAUGAAGAAAAAAUAGAGUUUCUUGUCAUCAAAUCAGAAGAACUUGAGCGAAUCAUUGAUGAACGAAAUAAAGAGCUUCAGGACAAGAAUGAAGUAGUAACAAAGGCAAACGAGUCAGUGAAGGAGUUUCAGAUGCAAAUUGAGUCUACAGAGACUAAGAUAGCAAAUAUUGAACGUAUAUUGAGUAAGAGUGAAGAAGAAAAGAACCAACUUUUGGUGAAACUAGAAAAUAUGGAAGCCAGUCUAAAAACCGAGCUUAGGAGAAAAGUUGAUGAAGCAGAUGAGGGAAAGCAGUCACAUGUAAAAUUAGUUCAGCAAGUCAGUUGGUAUGACUCUGAGGUGAAAAAGAAGGAUGAACAGCUAUCUGCUUAUGAGAGUGAGAAACAAACGCUUUUAUCCAGAACAAACCAUCUACAGGACAAAUGUGAAGAGCUUCAGGAGAGCCUCAGAAAUGUGAAUGCUCAUUCUGCUUUGGUCAAGCAAAUUGAACAAAAAGAUUCAGAGCUGACUGCAGAAAAGCAGAAAAGAAGCGAUUUGUUUUUUGCUUACAAGAAUCUCAAGUCUCAGCAGUGCUAUCUGCUGAAGAAGUUUGGUCUCACUAAUGCGGAGCUGCUUCGAAUGAAAGCAGAAAAAGAAAGUGAUCCAUCAAACAAUGAUGAAACAAGAAGCAGAAUUUCUGAAAUCAAGAGGAGAAAACCAGCAAGUAAUGGAGUCGCAUGUGAAUUAAACAAAGUGAAGCAAGAGAUGAACAACAAUACGGAAAGCUCAGAUGAUGAGAAAAUAAGCAGACCAAAUCAGAUGUUGACAUCCAAGUCGUCAACUGGUUCAGAACCUGCUGCAAAGCAUUGGACCAUGAGUAGAAAAGCAGGUUCAUUAGCUGGCGAAAAGCGCCCUGCAUCUGGCUGGAGAGAGACACGAACUCGUCAAAGUCCUGGUGGGCCUGAUCCGCAUGAUGAUUUUCUUGAUACACCCUUUGAAAACAUCAAGGAAAAUUUGCAAAAGACCAUGAAGGAUACUGUACUUGAUGGUCCAGCUGUGAGCUUGAAAGACGCAGAUUCAAAUGGUGAAACACAGGACAUGAAAGGUGAAUCUGGACCCAAAAGGCAAAAAUUGCAAAUUCCCAGGCCUGAUUCAAAAGGGUUCAAAUACGUGGAACCUGUCAGGAAGAAAGAUGCGCGUGAAAAGUUGAAUGGAAUUGAAUGCAAGCAGUGCAAAAAAUUUUAUGAUGCUGUCCAUGCUGAUAAUCGAGAAGGUGAUAUACAGAAUCUUCGAUGUGAGCAUCAUGACGGAGUUUCAAGGCACAGGUAUAGGUAUGCACCUCCUCUGACUCCUGACGGAUUUUGGAAUAUUGGAUUUGACUCUGAAAUUUAGUUUACUCGAUUGUAUAUUGUUUUAAUCAGAGCUAGUUUAGAUUAUCUAGUCCCAUAAUAGCUUUAGCUCAACUCCAUAGAUGAAAAAUUCUUCUAUUAUAGAGGCAAUCCACUAUAUUGCUAAGUUGUUUCUGUUUAUUCCUGUAAUUGAUAUGAAUUUAGAUCCCUGCAAUUUUCACCUUUGGCAAUCGCUUUAAAACAAUGAAAUUAAUGCAGCUGAACAGUAUUGCAAUUAUGUC